AAAGUUCCAGGAUAGAGAACGGUAAUUAUAAGUUUUUUUGAAGUGCGCAAAAAAGUUUUUGUAAUUUUAAAAUAAAUUUUUCUGAAGAAAGUAGUUGAUGAAAAGUGUAAAGCAAAGCGCAAAACAGUUGACUUCGGUUUGUAGAGCUGCCAAAAAUGAGGUCAGACGCAGUUUCUGGCUUACACGCUGUUUACAACACAAAGGGCUCUCAUUUAUUGUUUUGGGCUUGGUCCUUCGAUCCCGCUUGAAAGUGUGCAGUGGUAUAAGCCUGCGGUAUUCCGCAUACCACCUUCGUUGAUUCGCAGCAAGAGGAACUCCAAUUAAGUGCUUAUAAAUAUCGAAUUAAAGUCAAUUUGCAAAUAAUAGGCUAAUAUUUUUGUGGCUCGAAUGUAUAAAGGAAUUUAGAUGUCAUCUGCUGUAGGUUUCGUUUGAACUUUUUUGUUAUGUUUUAACAAAAAUAUUCUUUAUUCAGUUUUCUAUUCAAUCGGAAGGAAAAUUUUAGAAACACAUUUUUUAGUUUUGAUUUCUAAAAAUUUACAAAAUUUAUAAUUGAUGAAAGUUUGUUUAUGCAAUUCAGCCGUAGAAUACGUUUGAACUUAUUUUAUCGACUAUGAAUAUUUUUUUUGUUACUUAUUUUAUGGUUAUUUGACAAACAUGCAGAAAAUGUGUGUCGAUUGUACUCUAAUUUUUCUCCUGUAACUUCUAUUGAUUAAAUUUUAAGGGCCAAACAAUCAAGAAAAGAUUUGCCGAACCAUUAUCUGAAGCUGAACGGUACGUCAUUUUGAGAUAACUUACAACUCAGCCGAGUAGAAGUUGAAAGAAUCUUCAGUUUAACUAGCAAGUAAUGGAUAAUUGUUUACACCAGGAAACUUGUCAACUGUUGGUUGGUUUGAUCAAAACUUAUCGACACUUAAUCUGGAGUAAAUGAGUGAAAUUGGUCAAAAUCUGUUUAUUUUCAGUUGUUUUUGCCUUAACAUGCAAACUUAGAGGUAGGCCCAGUUCCCCCGUGGAAUCAAGUCAAAGACCCUCUAAACCGUAUGCGUCACUCUUCGAAAUCUAACUGAAAUUCGAUUAAGACACUGUAAUUGAGUUACCAUUCGCUUCUUUUGCUCCUUUGUUACAAAAUACCCGCAAGCAUUUCUUCACAAUACUGGUUGUAAUUUAUCCUGGCGCUGAUUAAACACCAAGAUUGAUAGUAAAAUGGUCUAAAAAAUCAAAAACGUGAUUUUUAGAACCAGAGCUACCAGUGCUGUAAAAAUCAUUAACUGUUGAACCAAUCUGUUAUCCAACAGGUUAUUAUAAACAACAAAAUGGCAAAAUGAAGCUUUUUAAAUUAUAAAUUUUUUCGGUGUCCAGGCUACUUUACCAGCAAGUCACCAUACUGCUAUUUUAGUUCUAAAUUCCAGCACAAUUGUACUAAAUUGAAGUUUUUCCAUUACUUUGUAUUAUUUUGACUGACACACCUCUACGAAUUUGAAACAGAGAGAAAAACGUAAUAUCAAUAUUUAUUUACAGAGUCAAAUAUUUUGACAAUUUGGACGAAUUUACGUGAAAUUCAAUUUCAUUUCAUUGAAAAUUUUCGUUAAUCAAAUUAUUCCCAAUUCAAUUGCUUCUUUUUGAAUCAUGUGAGAAGUAUCACAGUUUCAUUGAGUUAUAUCUUUUUAAUUGGGAGUAUUAUAGUUCAUCUUAAUUAGCUAAUUUUGGGAAAAUUGAACUGCCCUUGACCAGAUCAGAUUCAAUCAUGAUUGCCGAGUCCAAGUCGUAUCUGGACUAUGUGCUCGACUACUUCCUGGUACUGACUGCCCUUUGCACCAUCUUCAUCUGUUGUGCCUGCUCACUGUACGCAGUCUACAUGGGAGGAAUGAAACACGUCUUCAGAUUCGUAUCCCUCAAUUUAGUAUUCUGUAUUGUAGUCACAAAUGUAGCUGGCAUACCAAGGUUACUUCUUACAAAUGACCAGCUGAAAUGUGAAGUAGCAGCGAUAGUGGAUCAUUAUUUCUGGAUCGCCCAGAAUUGCUGGCUAUGUUCGUUGGCGUUUGAGAGUUUCAAAAAUAUGCCACUGAUUUCGCCAAGUGUGGAUUUCAGAAGACGUGCCAUUUUGCACGCUAUUUUAUGCUAUGUGUCUCCUACGGUUUUGUUGAGCGUGACAGCAGUGGCCCACUACUCCCAGUCUUACUGGCUCGGAUUCCUCUAUGGCAGUCGCUUCUGUUCUCUCUCUAAUGUCGGCCUGUUCAUCUUCGCCUCGAUUCUUCCGACCGCUCUGACGCUUGUCCUCUCAAUAUUUUUCCUCUUAGUGGCCAUCUACAGAUUCCAACCUGCGAAACAAGCAGACGCCCAGUUACGUAAUACUACCUUCUCCCUCGAGAUCGAAAAGACGCGCAAGUGGCUGAUUACGUCAUUGAUGUUCAUAUUCGUGGCAGGAAUCUGCUGGUGCAUCCAUCUGUUCUACAGUGUGUUGAGAGUGACGUUGGCCUUCUAUUUCUCAGUGUUUCUGGACCAACUGAGGACCACGCUGGUCAGUCUGCUCUUCAUGUACAAUGUGAGAGCGGAGCGUAGUCUGGACCGAAAAAUAUUCUGGGAAAAAGUGCGGAUCAACACUUCCAGUCGCAUGUCUUCAAUGCAUUCGUUCCACAGCACACCCAUCCGCAAAAUUCCACAGAGCCAAGACUUCUCUGGCCAGACAGCCAAACUUCAAAGCCAGUUCUACAAUUCCAACUGCAAGUCCAUGUAUGAGUUCGGUGCAUACCACACGGCGCCCAGAUCCAACCAGUACCAAAUAUCGCCGUCCUCGAAACCUCCCGGAGGUCAAGAUCAAAUGAACACUUUAAACCCACAAAACAGAAGUUCAGCGACAAGACACCUAAACACGGCUUACAACGGAGGAGCAAACAAUUAUAACUCAAAUACAGCGACUAGUAAUCACCAGCAAAAUCAAAAUUUUAAUUACUCUGAGACAGCGACUUUAGUUAAACCCUCAAAUACUUCCAGAAACUUGAAUCGAACGGAUCCAAACCGUAUUGGAUCCAAGCAUCGUAGCGAAACCUCGCCCAUGUUACUUGACAUCGCUAAAUUCAGUACAACCAGAGCUAACAAGAAUAACAGAGAUGCUAAUAGUAGUGCAAUAGCCACAAUUUCAUCUGCCAAUACGAACGAAAUACGGAAAAUAAAUUAUGUUGAACUACCUCCUUUGUGCAGUUGAAUUGUUUAAUUCAAAA